GAGAGAAGCCAUAAAAUUUCUCCAAAUGUGGUAAAUACUCUACUGAGCAUGGCAAUGUGGUGAGACAUCAGAGGACUGACAUCACGUAUGAGUGCCUGGAUAAUGUGAAAGUUUCAUUUAAAAUUCCCACAUGAUGAGACAACAGAGGACUUACACAGGAGAUAAACCCUAUGAAUGUCCUGAUUGUGGUAAAGGCUUCAAUUACAAUUACCACCUAGUAAUACACCAGAGGACUCACACAGGAGAGAAACCCUUUCAAUGUCUUUAUUGUGGUAAAGGUUUCAGUGACAAUUCCAGCAUGGUAACACAUCAGAGGACUCACACAGGAGAUAAACCCUUUGAAUGUCCUGAUUGUGGUAAAGGCUUCAAAUACAAUUAUCACCUAGUAAUACACAAGAGGACUCACACAGGAGAGAAACCCUUUGAAUGUCCUGAUUGUGGUAAAGGUUUCAGUCAGAAUUCCAGCCUGGUAACACACCAGAGGAUUCACACAGGAGAGAAACCCUUUGAAUGUCCUGAUUGUGGUAAACGUUUCAGUAAAAAUUCCAUCCUUGUGAAACACCAGAGGACUCACACAGGAGAGAAACCCUUUGAAUGUCCUGAUUGUGGUAAAGGUUUCAGUGACAAUUCCAGCCUGGUAACACAUCAGAGGACUCACACAGGAGAGAAACCCUUUGAAUGUCCUUAUUGUGGUAAAGGUUUCAGGAAUAAAUCCAACCUGGUAACACACCAGAGGACUCACACAGGCGAGAAACCCUUUGAAUGUCCUUAUUGUGGUAAAGGUUUCAGUAAUAAUUCCGUCCUGGUAACACACCAGAGGACUCACACAGGCGAGAAACCCUUUGAAUGUCUUGAUUGUGGUAAAGGUUUCAGUGCCCGUUCCAGCCUGACGAGACACCAGAGGAUUCACACAGGAGAGAAACCCUUUGAAUGUCCUUAUUGUGGUAAAGGUUUCAGUAAUAAUUCCAACCUGGUAACACACCAGAGGACUCACACAGGCGAGAAACCCUUUGAAUGUCUUGAUUGUGGUAAAGGUUUCAGUAACAAUUCCAACCUGUUAACACACCAGAAGAUUCACACAGGACAGAAACCCUUUGAAUGUCCUUAUUGUGGUAAAGGUUUGAGUUCCUAUUCUAGCCUGGUGGGACACCAGAGGACUCACACAGGAGAGAAACCCUUUGAAUGUCCUGUUUGUGAAAAAUAUUUCAGUAAUAAUUCCAGCCUUGUGAAACACCAGAGGACUCACACAGGGGAGAAACCCUUUGAUUGUCCUGAUUGUUAAAAAUGUCUCAAUACCAAUUCCAGUCUGGUGAGACACCAGACAACUCACACUGGAGA